GUUCACUCAGCCUCAGCACACAGGGUAGCAGGUGCAGUGGACUUGGAGCAGGACACCUCACAGCAAAGGAAACGACAUGGCUUCUAUCAAGGUGGCGCUGGCUGUGUGCUGUCUGUUGGCGGCUACCUCGGUCCGCGCGGCGCUGCUGCCCUCUGGCAACACGGGCUUCAGCCGAGGCAGCACCACCGGAGGCGGCAACGGCUACGGCGGCGCCGCGCCCCCAGCCGGCGGCUUCGGCGGACCCAGCGGCGGUGACAACGGCGCUCCGCAGCCGUACAACUUCCAGUACGAGGUUCGCGACCCGGAGAGCGGCAACGACUACAGCCAGCAGGAGAGCAGCGACGGGCAGACGGUGACGGGCCAGUUCCAGGUGCUGCUGCCCGACGGCCGCAACCAGAUCGUGCGCUACUCUGCCAGCGACGCCACCGGCUUCGUGGCCGACGUGCAGUACGACGGCGGCAGCCCCGGCGGCGCCUCCCUCGGGGGCGGCCAGCGGCCCGGGGGCGGCGCCGGCCCCCAGGCCCCCGGAGGCGUCUACCUGCCCCCCGGUCGCAAGUAGGCCGACCCGCCACGCCGCCCACCGCCUAGCGCUGUGACACGCGCCGUCGCAGCCUCUCCCGCCACGGCCAGUCUCGAUACGCCUAUGUACCAGGCAACUCAGUGUCGUCCCGUCCAGUUUGUGCUUAACGUCUACGGCAAUACUUCGCUAUAGCUCGCAUGUAUGUAUUACUUAGUACAAACACCUCUUCGCAGUAAAUCCCUGCCCUUCUCUAAUGUCUGUCUGUAACGAGUGAUUGGGGCAGAUAAGGUAUCUGUGGAGAGAUUGAGUUUGUGUUUGUAUUUAAAGGCAGGGUGCUGGAGGUAAUAUGUGUUUUCUAGUAAAUAAAUGAGCAGAAAGUGCUGCAAACAA